AUGAAAUUCAUCUAUAAUAUUUUCCGGAAAAUAAAAAAGUAAAAGAAAUUGGAGAAUUUGGUGGGAAAAAAAAACAAAAUGUAAAAGAAUAGACAGGAGAGUUAUUUUUCUUAUUCCUAUUUCGAUCCCUUUCCACUUCUGUUGAGCAUCCCGAGCUGUGAUGAAUCUUGCUUUUGGUUUUGGUGUUUUGAUCUCUUUCUAUCGUUAAUCUCUGGAUUCUCUGAGAAAAUAUCGGUGGAGCUUUCUCGCGCGGGGGAGCUUGGUUGCUUUAAAUUGAAAGAGAGGAGUUACGUGACGGCGACCACGGCUACUAAAAAUAAAUCCCAGCCACCACCGUCGGGGGUAAUUCCGUAAUUUUUGAACAGCACUUCAUUCCCGCGGCGUAGGCGGAAGGGUAAUUCAGUCAAUUAAGUGAUCUCCGGUGAUGAAUCAGAUCCACUCCCUCACGCCAGAGUGAAUUUCACGGUGUUCUCUUCCCGCCCAAAAAAACAAAACAUGAAAACGAAUCACGGCGGCGUAGAGCACGGCCACCAUCACGAGGCUCUGAAGUUUUCCAGUUUCUUCUUUAUGCCGGAACGGUCACGUGAUUACCUCGUGCUUUUCGCUCGCUUCUCCCUCCUAUCAUGCCUCAUCGUCUCCGUCUCUCUGGUUCUUCGCGCCGCUUUUUUAUAUUCAUCUGGCCAGGACUAUUCUUCCUACGGUCUCCGAUUCCCCACCGUGCCUCAGAAAUCCCUGUCUCUCCCGCCCACCGGAUCCGUCGGGCCGAGCAAUAUCUCCCACAUCCAGUUCUGUAUCGCCGGAGCAGCCGAGAGCUGGCUUGAUCGGAGCCAGUACACCUCCUUGUGGUGGCGCAAUUCCACUCGUGGAUUUGUCUGGCUCGAUAAACCGGUGAAAAUUCCCAAAAAUCACUCUGAUUCCCGUUUCUCAAUCCCGAUUCGAGUUUCCGAUCCAGGAUGGACUCGAUUUAGAUUCUCCAGCUCGAGAGCUGCGGUUCGGAUUGCUCGGAUAAUUUGGGAUAGUUACCGGCUAAAUCUCAUGGAUGUGCGGUGGUUCGUGAUGGGAGAUGACGACACCGUCUUUUUCGCCGAUAAUCUCGUCAAGGUUCUCUCCAAGUACGACCAUGAGCAGAUGUGGUACAUCGGUGGAAACUCGGAGAGCGUCGAGCAGGAUGUGAUGCACGCCUACGACAUGGCGUUUGGCGGCGGUGGUUUCGCCAUUAGCCGUCCACUGGCGACGCGUUUGGCCGCCGCGAUGGACGGUUGCCUGCAACGGUAUUUCUAUUUCUACGGGUCGGAUCAAAGAAUCGCGUCUUGCGUUAGCGAGAUCGGCGUUCCGUUCACCGAAGAACGCGGUUUUCACCAGCUUGACAUAAGAGGAGAUCCAUACGGGUUUCUAGCUGCACAUCCAAUGACACCGCUUGUAUCACUGCAUCACCUCGUAUACUUAGACCCAAUGUUCCCAAACAAGAACCCUAUCGAGUCUUUACAAACACUUAUGAAACCUUAUACCUUAGACCCACAUCGAAUACUCCAACAGAUUAAUUGCCAUGACCGCAAGCGCCAAUGGUCGAUAUCCAUCUCUUGGGGUUACUCCAUUCAGAUCUACAUUUACUUCUUGACCGCUAAGGAGCUGGAUACGCCUUUGCAGACCUUCAGUACUUGGCGGUCUUCGAGCGAUGGACCAUUCACGUUUAACACACGGCCAUUGAAACCUGACCCGUGUGAGCGUCCCGUCACUUAUUUCUUGGAUGGUGCAGAGGAUGUGCGAGGUAGUGGGACUAAAACUUGGUAUAGCUUAGAGGAUAAGAACUAUGGUCAUUGCGGUAAGAGUGAGUAUUCUAGGGUAACUAGAGUUAAGAGAAUAUUGGUGACAUCAAUGAAGAUGGAUCCUGAGUAUUGGAACAAGGCACCACGGAGACAGUGUUGCGAGGUUUUGGAAGGAGGAGGAAGAAAAAAGGAGAAAGAAAUGUCGAUAAGGAUUAGAAAGUGCAGAUCUUCGGAGGAGAUAUAAAAAAUCAAACGGUUUUUUUAAUUAGAGAGAUAUAUUUGUACAUACGACUUUAGAUUCGAUCAUUAGUUGGUCUCUAAAUGCUUAGUACCAAGAAAUGGCGAUUUUUCUCUAUUACUAACACCGGGACACUUUGUGUAUUUCAGUAUUUUUUAGUAUUAUAUACUCCUGAGCCUAUACAAGUCUUUGCAUCAUCUCUUUUUUUAUGCGGAAAUGUUCGUUUGAUGAUCA